AUGGCCUCCUUACUCCGCUUGGUCCACCUUACAAUCGUUGCGAGCCGGCUGCGCCUGUAUGGCUACGGCAGCGGGAACGAGAGGUCAUUUUUGAUUUUGCGGCUUGCCGCUAUAAAAUUCCUCUCUCGCAAAAUAAACGGGAAGAUCAUGCCUUACGAAGUAGCACCCCUAUUGCGGAAGACAUUUAAUAACGUUUCACCAAUUAGUAAAUGGGAAUCGGGAUUUAGGGCUACUUGUAUUUACCCAAUAAACCCCGACGUGUUUUCUGAAGAAGGUUUUCUGCCAGCCGAAAUGCUCCAAUCGGAGACUACUGCCAUU